AUGAGCAAGUUUAUAAAUUCUGCCUUGAAAAAUUUGUCAAUUAAUCCGAAAAUACCAGAAAUGCCUUCCUCUAAAAGUAGCGAAUCAAAGUUAGCAUACAAAAGUGUGGAUGUGAGUGCGAAAAUAAAGUACUCGCCGGAAAGCAGCAGCUUCGUCCUGUGGAAGGAUGCAAUGAAAAUGGUGGCUCGUCUUCCAGAAGGGAUCCCAGCAGAAUUCCGGAAACAGCUGUGGCUGACCCUGGCCAGGAAACACCUGGAGACCAAAAACAUCGACCUGAAGAGGGCCUUUGCCGUCUGCCUGGCCGAAAAGAGCGAUCCAGAUGACCUCGAACUCGGCACGCAGAUCAUCAAGGACCUGCACCGCACCGGUUGUGGGCCCCUGAGCGGGGACGUGGCCGAGCCGAACCGGUUGCACCUGAAGAGGGUGCUCCUGGCCUAUGCCCGGUGGAACCCCGGGGUGGGGUACUGCCAGGGGUUCAACAUGCUGGCAGCCAUCAUCCUGGAGGUGGUGGGAUGGGAGGAGGAGGAGGCCCUGCUGAUAAUGAUCUUUCUGAUCGAGGAGGUCCUCCCCGAGAGCUACUUCGCCAACCACCUGCAGGGGCUGAGCGUGGACAUGGCCGUGUUCAGGGACCUGCUGCGCCUGCGCCUCUCCCCCCUCUCUGCGCACCUGGACAAGCUACAGGCCAGAACGCAGGACUCCAGCACAGGUCAUAUCUACGAGCCCCCUCUCCCGAACGUGUUCACCAUGCAGUGGUUCCUGACCCUGUUCACAAACUGCCUGCCCAAGGGCACAGUGCUCAGGGUCUGGGACCUGGUCUUCCUGGAAGGGAACGAAGUGCUGCUCAGGGCAGCCCUGGCCAUAUGGGACGGGCUGGCAGAUCGAAUCAUGGCGGUGGAGAGUGCCGACGAAUUCUACUGCAUCAUGGGGGUCCUGACCAGAGAGAUUCUCGAGUUCGGACUCAUGGAUGCCAACAUGUUCGUCAAGACGCUGUGCACCCUGGCCCCCUUCCCCUUCCCCCGUCUGCAGGAGCUGCGGGACAGCUACACCUACAACAUCCAGCCCUUCAGCGCCCCCUGGGGGUCCGAGGCGGAACUGCAGAUCUUCUCGGGGGAGCCCGAAGACGAGGAGGAGGACUCCGGGGCGGCCAGGUUCUUCUUCGCCCACGAGCUCAACUGGUACAGGAAGAAAAGCGCCGUCCCGGAGAGCGAUUUGCCCGCCAACCUGGGGUCUGCGUUCAAUGCGGAGAGGAUGAGCCUGGACAUCUCCUCGCUCAAGAAGCAGUACGGGAAGCUGAGGGAGAGGCAGAAGCAGGCACACAUCAUACUGCAGGGUGCCUUCCAGAGCCACUUCCAGAACGCUAGGCGCAACUCCCUGGCCGUCAAUCACCUGCUGGUGGGGAAGAGGCCCCUCACCAGGAAGAAGUCCGGAGGACCGCAGUUCGUGUUCCCGGAGAGGGCCCGCGGGAGGGACCCCGCUCCCCGGCAGCAGGAGGAGGAGAGGAGCGACGACCCGGAGGAGGACGACCCCCGUCGGCCCCCCUUCCGAGUGGAGGCGGUCCUCCCCCACGGGGGCACGAUACCCAAGAGGGCGGCCCGGCCCUCCGCGGACUCGGAUCCCGGCUGCAGCUGCAGCCUGUCCUUCAGCUGCCCCCUCCACGUGGAGGCGGCCCCCCAGAAGCCCCCCCUGGGGAACCCCUUCCCCACCAAGAGGAGGGUGGGCUCCAUGAGGCAGUACAACAAGCAGUGA